CAACUUCGCAAAUCAAAAUCAUUUGGAACAAUGAAGUGGUUUCCACCACUCGUUUGCUCUGUUCUAUUUCUCAGCGGUCUCAGAGAAAAUGUUGCUGAUGACAAAUCGGGAGAGGUGGUGUAUCUAAUCGGUUUGUUGUCUGAUGCAAAACACAACGUAGAUGGCAAUAAUGACAUUGAUUAUAAGGACGGAGAGAAACCCAGUUGGGUCUUGAAAGAUCGAAUUCCAUUCCAAGAAGCUGGGGAUGACGUGUAUUUUAGACCGGAAGAUGGAAAACCUGUGAAAGAACCAAAGAAAUUAGUGGUUCUUCCUCCAAAAUUGCUUGUGCGCAAGAGGCGAUAUCUAUCGAAAGGAUUACUGACUGGAGGACCUGGAGGUGGUUAUGGAGGAGGUUUCGGAGGUGGUGGAGGAGGUGGUGGCGGAGGAGGAUUCGGCGGUGGUUUUGGCGGUGGUUUCGGAGGAGGUGGUGGUAAAGGAGGCGGUUUUGGCGGAGGUGGCGGCGGCGGCGGCAAAGGAGAUGGUUUUGGCGGAGGUGGUCAUGGCGGAGGUGGUUCAGGAGGCGGCGGAUUUGGAGGAGGCGGACUAGGAGGUGGUGGAGGAGGUGGACUUGGCGGAAGUGGAGGAUUUGGUGAUUCAGGUGGUGGCUUCGGCGGUGGUAAAGGAGGAGGCGGUGGCCUAGGAGGAGGCGGCUUUGGUGGUUCUGGAGGUGGAUUUGAUGGAGGUGGCAGCGGAGGCGGUGGACACGGUGGCGGUGGAUUUGGAGGAGGCGGACAGGGCGGUUUUGGAGGUGGAGGACAUAGUGGUG